UAUGUGACCUUUACAAUUGAGCAACUAACAUCAUUUAAAAGAAAAACUGAUGCAAUUAUUUCUUUUCACUUAUGUGUGCAUUUGUAUUUUGUGCAGACGGCAACACUGACAUAUUAGGAGAGUUUGCCGUCCUCCACAUCGAUGACUGUGGUGAUGUUGUGGAACAAGUUUCCGAGGUCACGCCUUGCCAUGUCAAGUUAGCUGAACCAGUUUUCUCGCCAAAGGGGGUUCUGAUCAAAUUUGGUGCGCGUGUGAAAACACGCUGCAGCAUGUUGAUAUUUAAGAAGAAAAAUACAUUCCUCAAGCUCAAAGUUUAUCUGAUCCCGUGUGAUCCUGGUCUUCGACAGGAAAUUCUCAAGAUUGAAAAAAACUACAAAAACAAAGAAAUUGAAGCACCACCUGAAAAUAUGCACUUGAGAAUGAAGGAUCACUUUAUCCUAUCAACCGAUAUGGAUGGUGCAGUAAUUCGUCCCAAAGAAGUCAAGCUCGAAUAUCAAUUCACCGAUCCACCGUACUUUCAAGUACGUAUAAGAAAUCCAGACACAGACUUCAUCCUCAAGCUUACAAAAAAAAAAGAGAGUACACCAGUGUGGACCUGCACAAUUGACGAAGAUGAUUACCAAAGCAAUUCCCAUGCACCAGCUGCAAGACCCUCAGCCGGAGCAGCUGGUGUAGAUACCACAUCAGAUGACCAACACUUUGUGGAUAAAUAUAAACUCCAGCUCACCGACAAAGUGAGCCACAUGGAUCCCAUUCUGGAUCGGCUCCUCGAUAGAGGUGUCCUCCAGCGUGAGGCUUACGAUACAAUCAGAGCUCUGCCGACCUCUCAGAAGAAGAUGAGAGAGCUCUACUGCGGUUGCCUGCAAGCUGGUGCUGCUAGCAAAGAUAUCUUCUACCAAAUCCUUCUGGAAAAUGAGAAAUUUCUCAUUGACGACCUCAAUACAAAGCACUAAAUGUUGGGGUGAAAUCUUUUUUAGACCAAAACCAGUUUUUAAUACAUGAAUAAUUGGGAAAUAUUCAUUGCAAUGUUAUGUCUCUAUGUGGGUUUCCUAUUUGACUUUUGACCAGAUUCAGCAAAUAUGAUGAUCAUGCAAAAAUAAUGAACACAAUUUAUAAUUGAAGAGCUCUCCUUUUUGAACCUCAUUAAUUGAUGUGAAUUAAAACCGAAUUAUAUGAAUUCUGCCAAAUGCUAAAAGAUUGUUUUUCCAAGUCUUUUUUUAAAUACAUUUUCAUAAACACCAUAAUAUCAUAACACAGUCGGGGAAUAGAGUACAGAGCUGAAAUGUACCGUUGACUCGUCUCUACCUCAUGAAAAGCUGGUGCCAGUUUCGCUAAGCCAGUCAGAUGUGUGUUUCUUGCAAAGGGUGCACACCGUUCUGAAUGUUUUACUCGAUGUUCCCGGCAUGUAUAUCUAUUAACCCCAUGAGUUUGGUGACGAUACGUUGGGUCGUUAUGAUUUUAUGAAUUAUCAAAGUUAAAUGACCAUGUAAUAAUCCUAACUCGGCCUACGAAGCUGCUGAUCAGUGUAGCUCCCAAUCAACAGCGGGAACUAAAGACUCGCUGAAAGUUUGGUGGGAUUCGGACCAUGCUACGUCAUGAUAUUAAUUAUAACUUUUUUACCCUACAAGGAUACUGUUACAUUUGGAUGGUGUUUAAAAAUGUCUGCUUCAUUGAAACGUUUUCUAAUCUUUAAUAAAACAUUCAAAUUUG